AUGCUAAUACCAAAACAAAACCCUAAGUAUCGUUAUCCCCAUCUUGUAAAAUAUGAAGGGAAAGCCAAAGGAGAAUUCGGCUUACAAGCCCAGCAGGGCUCUUAUAUUAGCAAUAAACAGAUUGAGGCAUCUCACAAGGUAAUUAGAAAAUUUUUGAAAAAGUUCAAAGCCGGACAAGUGAAAACUAACAUUUUUCCUCAUUUAGCCAAAACUAAAAAGCCUUUGGAAGUUCUAGCCGUAGCCAAGCAAUUAACAGUUAUUUUUGAGGUUAAAGGAUUACCAAAAGAUGUUGCUUAUCAAGCAUUAACAGCUGCUAGCUAUAAACUACCAGUGCAAUGCAAAGUAAAAGAACAAAUUUUUUGCAUUGAUUACCAAAAGAAUACUAAAAAAGGCGAUGAAAUUGUCUUUGAUAAGAUUUUGAACCGCGAUAAUGAGUUUGGGCAACCUUAUUUAACCAAUGUUCGGUUAAUUGGAGAAGUGUUAAAACAUGGUUUAAACAAAAAAAUAGUAGUGAUGAAAUACAAACCGAAGAAGAGAUACAAGAAAAAAAUGGGGCAUCGGCAACAAUAUACGGAAGAUAUGACUUUUCUCUUCAAACUUUUCGGAGGGAUAAAAACAUUGUCUUACGUUUUUGACUUCCUGGAAAAAGUGGAUUACUUGCCCGUUCACCAGGUAAAAAACUUAAAAAAUAAAGUUUAUCAAAAAAACAAACAGAUAGAAGGGUUAAUCUAUAAAACUGGCCGGGGUGGAGGUCGUCAAGACCAAGUUCGGGCCCAAGGACACCAAAAAAUUAGAAAAAAAAUCACCUUACUCAUCCAACAAGAGGGAGGGAUUUCCGAAAAAGUUUUAUUUUUGGCUCGUGAACAUGGUUUUCCCAAAGAAAAAGUUAACCAAAUUUGA